UUUUUGGAAGAAAUUGUGGAGAUAAACAAUAAAGAUUUGGAAAAUUACGGAAAUUUAUAUUUAAAUAUAAUUAAUAAAUUUAGAAAAUUUAUUAAUAAAAAGUACACAGAAGAGGAGAUGGAGGCAGAAUUAGAAGAUAAAAGUUUGGAAGGAUUGAAAAGUGAACUUAAAGAUAAAGAAAGUUUAAAUAAAUUUUUAAAAGAAGAACAUUCAAAAAUGAUUAAAAAAUUAAUUGAGGAAGAUGAAAUAUUUAAAAAUGAUAUUGAAGGUUAA